AUGACUGAAGGAUAUAAACUUGGUGAUUUAGUUUGGGCUAAGAUGAAGGGUUUCAGCCCUUGGCCAGGCCGGGUAUCAAUACCAACUCCUGAAUUGAAGCAUCCAAAAAAAGGAAUGUCUGUGCAAUGCAUUUAUUUCUUUGGAACCAAUAAUUAUGCAUGGAUAGAAGAGCAUAAUAUUAAACCUUACCAAGAACAUAAGGAGCAAUUGAUUAAAUCAAGCAAGUCAGCCGCAUUCAAAGAGGCCUGCAAUCAGAUCGAAGACUAUAUAGUUCAUCCUGAGGUGAGAUAG